AUGAUUGACAUCUUGGUUCGGAGUUUUGAGUGUGGUCUCGACAUCGAGCUGGGUCAUCUGCUAAAUUUGUUGGAUAUCAGAAGAGUCCCGGGAGGAGGCAGAUUUUAUAUUUCCAAUAAGUCUAACCGUCAGGUUAUAGGCGGUUUCUCGAGCAAAGACCAGUUUUGGACCGAACGCUUCUUCUACAUUCUGGUGAACGAGGCGUCGGUGGGCGACGACUUCUUCCAUAAGACAAAGACCGUUUGGGGACCACUUGUUCGGAGCAUCCUCCCUUCUCUUCCUGAUGACCUUUUCAUUGUUCGAGAUACUCUCGCGGCUCGGAGAGUUAAUUGGAGGAAACACUUCACGUUAGAGAGAGUAAAGAGAGCCCGAGCCAUUUUUACCGGGGUGUCCAUUAGUUCUUCAUCGUCAAAUUCUUCAGGAGACACGAGAGAAAAGAUAGUGGUCAUCAUGCUUAGGGAAAGGAAGAGACGUGAAUCCGAGGAGGCCGCCAGACGAGCUGCCCAAGCAUCUAAAGUAGAGACUGAGGUGGUGUCUCGAGAAGAGCCGGCAAACCUUGAGGGGGGUGAUGUGGCCCGAGCUGCUGAAGCAGAUGUCGCCGAGGCGACUACGAAAGAGGCAGCGCCCGAGGUGGAAUCGGGUGAGAUUGUCCCCGAGGCGUCUAGAGAGAACUCUGCGUCUUGGAGCAAGACGCCAACCGCCUCGGCCAUUCUGGCCCUUCCGAUAUCAUCAAGGCCCCUAGAUUUAAAUCUGUUGAAGCAUGAUGCCAGUAGAAAACGGUCAGCUACGAAAAAAGGGAAAGGGGUGGCCACUCAGAAGGACGAGCCGUCCAAGAAUAAGCGCAAGCCAGCCUCCGGCGAGACUACGUCGCAUAAGCUGGUUGUUGAUGACCCGGCCGCUUCUGCAGUGAUGUUUUUAAGUGUUAACAAUGCCAACACGCGACUUCCACCUCCCGAGCAGCUGAGGAGAUCGAAGUCCUAUGCCAUGAUGGCGCAGCGCGGCACCAAGUUCGUUGCGGCUAUCAACGAGAUGAUGGCCGGCUAUGAGUCGGACUUGGUUAAAGACGAGCGCUAUUUGGAGGAGGCUUGGAAGGAGGCCGCAGCGGCUAUGGGAAAGUUAAACGAGGCGAUGGCCAAGGUCAAGAAGCUGGAAGAGGAAAUUAUAGCUCUUCGGACCGACGUCGACAAGGUGUCGUCCGCGGUUACUCGCCUCGAGGAGUCCAGGAGGGCUAAGAGUCUUGAGGUGGCUUUGUUGAAGAGGCGCAUUGAGACUAAGGAUGCCCUGUUUCAAGCUAAAAUAAAGAGGGCUAAGAAGGAGGCGAGGCGUGAGUUGACGGCCGAAUUCCAGGAGCGUCUCGCCAAAGUGGAGGAUGGGCUUGCCAAGCUUCAGAAGGCCAAGGACGAUGAGAAUGAGCUCGGUCAGAUUAAGAGCAACAUCGUUAUGAUCGAAGAGCUUCGGAAACCCAACAGGUCGACUUUGGAUAUAGAGGAGGCGAAGUUUAAGAGUUGGGAGAAUGACUACGUUGAUGAUGAGGCGUAUGAGCGUAUCGCCUCCGAGAUCCGAGGCGAGAUGGUCUUUUCACCUGUUCCUCCUGAUUCUGUGGACACCUGCCUAGGCAACGAGCCGAUCGAGGAAACGGCGGCUAGUAUCGGUGUGGGGGAUCCUACUGGGUCGAACGUUGGUACUCCGGCUCUCUCGAACCUCCUCGCCGAAAGCGAGACGCGCCGCACAGCUUGA